ACUAUCACCGCUUGUUGGCCAGUUAUGUUUUUAAGCACGGUUUAGUCUAUAAUUUUGCGUCGAAGGCGUCCUGGUUUCACAUUUUACCAUAUUCUGUAGUCAUAAAAAAAACGUCAUAAAACAUAUAUUAUUUGUCGAGCGUUCGGGAACAGCGCUGAACUGUGGUGGCACACGUGUCGACUGUUUGUUGCUGCUUCAGAGGGUUAACAUUAGCUAAAGGUGGCUAUGAUAGCUAACCACAACACUGUCAGCGACGAAUUGUACUUGCAGCUAUUGCACUGACACGCUCUGACCCAUUUUGUGCUCAGUAAACUGUGACAGAUAUACAAGACAUGGACUACAUUGUGUCUGCUCCGGGAAAGGCGAUCUUGCACGGAGAGCAUGCAGUUGUGCACGGAAAGGCUGCUCUUGCUGUCAGUUUGAACCUACGAACAUAUUUACGGUUGAAAGCCUCCACUACUGGCAAAGUUUAUCUCAACCUCCCAAAUAUUGAUGCAUUCCUUUGCUGGGAUCUGGCUGAACUGAAGCAGCUAACUCCUUAUACCUGUGGGAAGAAGAAGGAGGUGAAGCAUCUGGAUGCUGAACUUGUGAGGAGACUGCGUGAAUUUGUUGGUGUGACAAAUGAAAACCUGGAUACUUGCAACAUGGCCACCUUAGCCUUCCUCUACAUCUACCUCUCGCUGUUUGGAUCAGAAGAGCUGCCCAGCUUGACUGUGUCUGUGUGGUCGGAGUUGCCAACCGGAGCAGGACUGGGGUCAAGUGCUGCCUACUCUGUGUGUUUAGCUGCAGCUCUGCUGUGUGCGAGUGGAGCCAUUCCCACUCCUCUCUGGGAUCCCACUGCUGGGUGGUGUCAGGAGGACCUGGAGCUGAUCAACAGCUGGGCUUUCCAAGGGGAGAUGAUCAUCCACGGUAAUCCUUCAGGAGUAGACAAUGCUGUAGGAACAUGGGGUGGCAUGCUGAGAUUCUUGGCCGGGAAGAUAAUACCACUGGGCAGGGUGCCACUAUUAAGAAUCCUCCUUACUAACACCAAAAUACCACGUAGCACCAAGGUGCUUGUUGCUGGGGUGAAGGACAGAAUUAACAAGUUUCCCUCUAUUAUUACUCCUGUGCUUGACUCAGUUGAUGCCAUUUCCUGCACUUGUGAGAAAGUCCUCUCAGAGAUGACCUGUGAGCCCAUCACAGGAGAACACUACAAUAUUCUAGAGGAGCUCAUCGACAUCAACCAGCACCAUCUGAAUGUGAUGGGUGUGGGUCACCCUGCCUUGGACACCCUGUGCCGGGUCACGUUGACCAGAGGGCUUCACAGCAAGCUAACCGGAGCAGGUGGGGGAGGCUGUGGCAUCACACUUCUAAGACCAGAAACUGACUCCUUCGUGGUCCAGAGUACAGUGCAGGACUUGAGAGACUACGGCUUUGACUGCUGGGAAACAAGUAUUGGCGGGCCAGGUGUCCAGCAGCACGCUCCUCUCUCUGUUAAGGUGGAAGCUCUGGAGAUUUUAAACCGAUACUGACACCCACCUGUGGCUGUGACUCAAAAGGAGGGCAGACUCGCCUUUUUGUUGUUGUUGUUGUUACCUCAAGACCUGAGGAAUACUGAACUGUCGAAAUGGGCCAAGUAGAUCCAGGGACAUUUCAUACUAACUGUCUAGUUUUGGAACUAACAACAAGUGAAUUGUGCCUUGUGUGUUGGGUGAAACAUCUCAUGGAGUGUUUGCUCAUCAAAUGUCCCUGUGGUGAAAUGUGUGUAUUUUACCCUUUGACCACUAGAUGGCAUUAGAGUUACACAAUUCCUUUUUAUGAAAGAGGAUUUACAGUAAGAGGCUCAUAUAAAAUUGAUUCCCGUAUAAGUGAACCGCUGGCAAGAUAAAUGUAUCUUUUCCUGCUGGGGUUUAAAACAGUCAGUCAAACCAGAGUCAAUAAUAAUAAUUAGAUGAUCAUCAGUCGUUAAUUACUUAUUAACAUGCAUUGUUAUUGGAUGAUAUUGAUCAUUAGGUAGGAUUUAUUUAUUUUCUUCUUUUUGGGGGGAGGUCAUCAACAAAACUCAGUGGCUGUUCAGUUUUUUCAUUCUUCAUAGUCCUACAAAGGCUUUUAUGGAAGUAGCUGCUUUAUUGGUUCUCUUUUCAUGAACAAGCUCAGUGAGAAUAUGUCUAAGCCAAGACAAGGAGAUGAUAAUAUCACAAAUGUAUUCCAAGUAUUAUUCACAUCUAAUGUCAGAUUUCACUCAUGAGUUAUCAUUAUUAAGUCGAAUGUCUGCUGUUUCAAACAUAACUUCAGCAUCGUACUGUAUGUUACUGCAUUCCUCUCACAUUUUGGUCUUCAUUUCACAGAAAUGUUUAAAUGUAAAAUUAUGCUAUAAAGAGUUUUCUGUAAUUUAAACUCAGUGUCAUUCCAAGAGUAUCUUAAAUAUCUGUGGUAGUUUGGUAAAACAUCAUUUCAGUGUUGUGUGUGUGUAUAUUAUGCUCAGUUCUGCAGUUAAAGCCUAACUGGCGAUGUUGUUUUGCUAAUAGAGGAUGGGGAGAGUGGGACAGCAGGAGUCUGUGGCCUCUCUGGAGCCUCUGGAUUAGUGCGGUUAUACUGUGAAUCAACAACCAGCAUCCUUGUGUGUGUCACACAUUUGUACUGACAUAUAUGUACACAAACACACACCAGUUUUCCCAAAUUCGUCUCCACUUAAUCGCUUAUCCUCCUAAGCAUUACAAAAUAUUGUGCAAAUGCCGCAGAUGCUGAAGACGGAUCUGUUUGGAAUAUCCCUAAUUUUGGGAAAAGGUCAUUGUGGGAUUCAGUUUGGUUUGAAUAUCCAUUUCAUUUUCAGUUUUUUAAAUGUCAUGAAGAUUGAGUAGUACGAAUCCGGCAGUGUAUGUGAAUAAACGACAUUUGUCAUCCUCCCUCCCUUUCCGCCUGGUGCCCCCUCUGUCCUCUUGAAUUGUGUCAUCUUUAUGUCAGGGCAGCCCCCCGUCAGCACGCCGUACGGUUGCCCCUAACCCCUGCUGGAAUUUAAUUACCACUGUGCUUUUCAAUUGAAAUGGCAUUGACAAGCGGGGACAAGAAGGAGACAACAGAACCUGUUUCAUUUGAAGCCUCUCUCUUUCUUUUCUGUCUCAUUCUCUCUUACUCCUUUUACCUCUGCAAGACAGAUUUUUUUUUUAAAUCAAUGUUGGUGCCUCCUUUUUUCUGCUCUGAUGAAUAUAAUGUAAGGAGGCCCUCAGAUUAUUUCAAAUCAGGGAUAAAGGGAGGUGAUCAGAAUUAAAGCAAUACAGCGAAAGCGACAUGCUGUCCCAGGAGUGAGGAGGCAGAUGUACAAAUCAUUUACCAUUUACAGUUUAGGGAGUUUUGUCUGGAUGGAUCAAUAUUGGGAGAAGCAAGAAUGUACAAUGAGUUUUGUCCAAGCAGGAAAGAUAAAACGUGAAUUUGCCGAGUGGUCGCGUUCGCUGUGGCACAUUCCCUCUGGUCCCUCAGUUGACUGGUGAAAUGCCUGUCAGGAACCAUUAAGUUUGAACACAAAAUUAGACCUGACUAACAAGAUAUCAUGUUGCUGAUGGGCACCGGUUUUACCGUCAGGGAAUCGGUGUGUGUAUGACUUACUAUGGCAAGCAUUUCCAUUUCCAUAUAUUGUCCUGUGGAUCACAUCAUGCUGUCUGUUGUUAUUAUGGAACAUUUCUUUUGGGUUUAUGUCAUGAUAUCUGUGUUGAAAUAGGAUGUGGAAUUGGCCACAGAAGGGAAGGGAAUUUGUGUGACCGGCUUUCAUAUAGACACAGCGAUAGUCAGCAUCAUGAACUCCUCUCUGUCAUGAUGGGCUAUAUGAUCCUCAUGGGGGUGUUUGCCCUUUCAGUAAGUGGAGGGGGGGGGCUGGUGUUAGAAGCCAGGAGCUGAUUAAGACAGCAGGGUACAUGGGUGCUGUCAGAAAACUUAGGGUUUAGUUUUAGGAAAAUGUUAUAAAUGUUUUUUUUUUUGUUUGUUUUGUUUUGCUUUUUUGGCUCCAGCUACCCAGUUGGAGAAGUAAUGCUGUGCAUUUUUUUAAAUGUUUAUUUAGACAGGGCAAAUUCUCUGAAAGGCCACCUCUCUUUUACAGGAACACCCUCAUGACAUUAGAGUACAGAUACCCAAACCGAGCCUGACGGGACUCGUCAGGUUUGGCCCAGGUUGGACAGAAAUUUAGAGGCUAGACGCCAGGAGCCCUAAAAUGUCUGCUUCGUUUAGUGAUAAGGGGAAAAACACUAUAGAAAUCAACUGCGUUGGGCUCGGGUCAGGUUUGGACACUAUAUUCUAUAAGCUUGUCCGGUUCGGAUAUCAAACUCCCGGGAAUGGGUUGGGUCCAUAUGGGAAAAUGCAUGUGGCCCGAUCCACAGUCUGGAUUAUGUUCACAUGUGGAAGCUGCCCAGUACAACCGUUAUCUGACCUGGUGGUCAGAUAUAAUGUUUACCAUAUUUGCCAUCUUAGUUGACAGGGUUAGCAUACUAAUAUUUGUUAAUUAGCUCUAAACCCAAAGUUUGAUCCGGUUGUGGGGAAUGUUAGUUUUCUCAGUAUUUGUUCAUAUAUUAAUUAUAGAAAAAUAAAACAUUUAAGUUUAUAAUGGCUCUAAAUUGACAUUUGUAGGCCUCUUGGUAUUCAUCCUGAGACAUUUGGACCAAAUCUGGUGAUAAUCCAUCCAGCAGUUGUUGAGACAUUUCAUUAAAAACCACAAGUAUCACUGUCAAUGUCAACAUGGCACUAGAGGAAAAGUCGAGUGAUGUCCACAUUGAGUCAGACCAAUAAUCUGGCAACCAUGAAUGUCUGUUUUAAGCUUGCAAUAUUUGCUGAGAUGUUUCAGUCUGGGCCAAAGUGGUAAACUGAGGGACCAACUGACUAACGUUAGAGCCGUGCCAUCUGCAUAGCUAAAAAAUAUUACAGGUAAGGUCUGAAUAAAGAAAUGCUUUUUCUACUUCCCUAUUUUGUUAAUCAUCUUGUGGCCUCCUAGAUUUAUUUUGUGACCUCCAGCAUGGCAAUCUUGUCUCACCACUUACGCAGAAUGUUUCAAAUGAGGUUUGGAGGUGUUUAUGAAAUGGGCCCACAGGGUGUACUUGCUUGAACUGUAUUAUUGUAAACAUCUUAAACACAUGACAGAGCAGGUCCCAGUCCACCUCCCGUUUUCCAUCAUGGAAUUGUAUCAUGCCAUUGUAUUUAUCCUGUAAUUGAUCCUGUGAGGUCGAGAGCACCUGCAACAUACUCUGUCAUCCCUCAGUGCCAGGAGCGCUCUUGUUUAAUUGCAGGCUAAGGUGCUGUUUUUUCUUGUUGCCUUUGAAAAGCCUCAUUGAUUUUUAUACCACCCUUUAUCCAGGCUGUGUUCAGUUUUCAGAGCAAAUCCCUUGUGUUGAAGUUGCCCAGAAUGGAAAAAUAUGAAAUCUGUCAGCACUUUUCACAAGGCUUCCAGGUGCAAUCCACACACGUUAACACUGAAGUUAAAAAAAGUUGGGAUUCUGUGUGUGUGUGUUGUGUGUUUUAAUGUUUAAACAGAAGAAGGAAAAAGAGAGGCUGUGCAGCCUUCUACCAGUCUGUCUCACGUGGGACCACUAGAAUGUGAGGUUGUGUUGCAAAGACCCUGAUCAGCAAGGUCAAAGUCCAUCACUAUUUAUUUGGAUUGUUUCUGUUCAAAUGAACCAAUAUUUGAGAAAAAUGGCAUGUCCGGUAUGUAGGCAUAAAUCAGAGGUUGAGCAGUAUUUUUCGUAUAUAAAAGGACAUAAAUCCAUGAAAUUUGUUUCAUUCUUUAUUUUUGUUUCUGUAUCGUGUAUGGCUUUUGUACAAGAAACACAUACUUCAAUAACACAUUCAAUUAAAUCAUC